UUCACAAUGAGGCGUGCUGCAGCUUUUCUAGUGUUGCUGCUCUGUCUGUACUGGACGAGGGCUCAGGGUGAGAGUGGAGGGGUGACAGGGAAUGAUAUCACUCAGACAGAGGUUCAGUCUGACAUCCUGGGUGUCAUAGCAACCAGUGAUCAGACCAACAUCACCCCUGACAUCUGGGCUGAGCUGAAGGAGCUGAGAGACAUGGCCAUCAAACACAGUGUGGAGCUGAGCAACAGCAAGAGCAAGAUGGAGAAGCUGGAGCAGGAGAAUACAGCCAUACAGGCCAGACUGACAGCCAGUGAAAACGAGAUGGUGAAGCUCAAGAUAGAGAAUGCAGAUCUUCAAUCCAGAGUAACAACAUUUGAAGAUAGGAGCUCAGUGUUGGAGGCCAGAAUGAACACCAGUGAAAACGAGGUGGAGGAGCUCAAGAGUGAGAACACAGACCAACCAAAGGUGGCGUUCUCACUUGGUCUCACUAACAGCGGACAAGUUGGACCCUUCAAUACUGACAUCACACUUAAGUUCAGUAAAGUCUUCGCCCACCUUGGUCAGGCCUACAGUCCAACUACAGGUCUCUUCACAGCCCCAGUCAGAGGAGUCUACUACUUCUCAUUCAAUAUAAUGGAUCAACGGAAGAACGUAUGGACUGGUGUUUAUCUCUAUCACAAUGACAAGAGACUGUUGUUAAAUGAUGAUUACAAUGAUGAACAUGCCAAUAACAGAAUUUCUAAUUCACUGGCUCUUCAGCUGGAAAAAGGAGAUUUGGUCUACAUGGUUUUACCUGCCCACCGUAGUGUAUUCGAUGAUGCCAAUGAUCAUACUACCUUUAAUGGAUUUCUCCUUUUUCCACUGUGAGACUAAAACAUGAGAAUUUCUUUACCUCCAAAGUUUUUUGGCAUAGUCUAUAAACAAGUCAUACAGUAUUCAUAUGUAUAUGAAAGGAUGCACAUUGUUGCUGUGUUGGCUUUGCUCUGUAACAAACUACAUUUGAAAUAAAAGAUUGUUGAA